AUGCGCGCCGACGGCACGAAGCUCUGUACUCGGGUCGAGGAGGGCAGUGCCGAUGUAGGACCGGUCGAUUGCUGGCACCUCUGCACGGAGAAGGUGACCGAGGCCAGCUGGAGCUGGCUGGGGGUAUCGCGCCAGGAGUUCCAAUCUCAGAGGAGAUACAAGAUGCCGAUGCCGGAGAAGAGGUCGGGCGCGAAGGCCUCGGGGAGCGCCCCCGACCAGGCCCGGGUGGCGCUGGUAUCGCAGCGGCUGACGUCCGCGGACUGGCACCUCGGUCGCUGGGGCUACUUGUCCGAGGUCGUGUACACGUGGCUAGGGACCAUCUCUCUCGGCGUCGCCGGCUUCGCCACCUAUUCGCACGGCCUCACCCGGGGCUGGAGCCCUGGAGUCGUGCUCGGCUUCGCGUCGGUGGGGCUGAGCGUCUUCUGCGCCCUCGUGGGCUGGUGGCAGGCCCGCGCCACCCGGCGGCUGGGCAGGCGCUGCGGGCUGGCCGCCACUUCCCUGGAGCCGGGAGGCAUCGCCAGGAACACGAGCUCGAUUGUCGACUUGCAGGAGCACAUCGCUGCAAAGUCCGCGAACAUGGACGAGAUCGAGACGAUGCAAAGGUGCAGCAACAUUGUCUGCCGCAUCUUCCGCGAGUGCUCCAUCGGUUCGGUCUGCGGAUCGCCCCACCAUGCCCUCAUACUCAACGAUGCCAUGGGCUCGAGCCUGCGCAUCGAUAACGCCAUCAAGUUCGACGAGGCUGAGCAUGGCAAGGCUUUCCACGAUCACACGGGGGACCACCCCGUCCGUUUUACUAAAGCCUUUACGGGCAAUCGCCGCGACUCGUACAUUGGGUUCGGCGAGCCAUACGAUGUCAAUACGAAAAGUUUAAUUGUUCACUUUGGUAUGGAAGCAGGUCUCUGCGUAUGUGCGCGACAAUGGGCGCUGGAACAUAUCGGUUACUCUGGCACGCAACAAGUUCCAGGGCUCUGCUACACCACGAUCAGCGAUGAGCCGAUGGACCUUGCCACCCCCGCCUCGUGGUCGGAUAUUGAAGUGUUUUUGAACACGGACGAUUCCGCGCUGAAAGACUUCGGGCUCACCGAGGAGCAGAUCCAGGACAUGCCUGCAGCCGUGUGCCACGGCUACGCGCAGGAAUAG